UGUCAAGAAUUUAAUGAACUAGUUUGUCCAACUCUGGAAAGGUUUUGGAAGAAAAUAUCAUAAUGUUUUUCCUGAUAUUCAGGUAGCGCAUUCAUUUAGUCUUUCAUCAUCACCUGAGGACUGUAAGAGCUUGGAUUUCAACUAUUUCAGGAAAAUCUUUUCAUGAUAUAUUUGGCCACACCAAGUGUUACGGUUCAGUGUCUAUUUAAGCUUUUAUCAUUAUAUUACUGGGAUGUAAAAUACAGCUGGGUUAAGGACAGUCCACCAUCCAAAAACUGCACAGGAACAGUCUACACUGGGGAAUGGCGGUGAAUGUGUACUCCACAUCUAUGACCGUUGAGAACCUGAGCAGACAUGACAUGCUCGCUUGGGUCAACGAUUCUCUGCAGCUCAGCUACACUAAAAUAGAGCAGCUCUGCUCAGGUGCAGCAUAUUGCCAGUUUAUGGACAUGCUGUUCCCCGGGUGUAUUCUUCUGAAGAAAGUGAAGUUCCAGGCCAAACUGGAGCAUGAGUACAUCCACAACUUCAAAGUGCUCCAAGCAGCCUUCAAGAGAAUGAAUGUAGACAAGAUCAUCCCAGUUGAAAAGCUGGUGAAAGGAAGGUUCCAGGAUAACUUCGAGUUUGUUCAGUGGUUUAAGAAAUUCUUCGACGCAAACUACGACGGGAAAGAGUACGACCCUCAAGCAGCACGACAAGGCCAGGACGUCACGCCUACACCCAACCCAGGCCCCCAGAGGACAUCACCUACAGUACCCAAAAACAUGCCAACACCCCAGCGGCCGAUCAGCUCUGCCCCAACAAAUGUAAAACGAAGCGCACCUGUGUUACGGAACGGAGGAAGCGAGGCAGAACUUAUGGAACUCAACCAGCAGCUGAUGGACCUGAAGGUGACAGUAGAUGGCCUGGAGAAGGAGAGAGACUUUUACUUUGGCAAACUGCGUGAUAUCGAGCUCAUCUGCCAGGAGCAUGAGAGUGAAAACAACCCAGUUCUUGCAAAGAUUGUCGACAUCCUCUAUGCUACUGAGGAUGGUUUUGCUCCUCCAGAGGAUGAUAAAAUUGAUGAACACCCACAAGACCAGGACGAGUACUAAACUCUACAAACGUAUGCAUCCGUACAUCCUUUAACUUUGUUCUCCCACUCCACUUCUUAUCCGUCUGUUCCUUCUCUGCCCUCAUUCAUUCUUCACUCUGACCUUCAUUUUAUCUUUUGAUGAGCUUGAUUUCUUUCUUUUUUAUUUACUCACUCUGAGUACUACUCUUUUUGGCCCGUUCCUUUCUAAAGAACCAGCAGCUGAUUUACAUCACCGCCUUUAACAUGUGGUUGUGGUGUAUUGAUGGAGUGGCUAACAUAGUUUUUGCGAAUGUCAUUGGUUUUAAAUACCAUUUGUUCUUAAUGGUAGAGUUAAAUUUUCAUCCUCGCUAUACCAUUGGCCAUGCAUUUACUUUUGAGUCUAAAAUGAUAUUCACUAAUGGUAACACUAAUGCCAUGACUUAUUAACAUGUACACCAAAACAUUUAUUAUAACAUGUCUGAAACCUUUAAGUCAGAAUGCUAGGAGAACAUAAGAAUUUCUUAUUUGCAUAUUGUGUACUAAUGCAAACAGUUUUAAUAGACAGCAGAAUAUAAACCAAACCACAGCUUCAUCAGACUAUGAAAUAGAUGUAUAAAGUGCAAGCACAUGCACACACACAACAUAACCUUCCUCUGCACUACUACUGUAUCUGGCUGUUGUAAAGCAUUUCAUAAAUAUCUGCUGAGAUUUUUUUAAAAGCCUGCUUCAUCUGAUAGCAAAAUGUCCACAUGGUUUGCAUUUUGCUUUUGUGAUUUAAAUUCUUUUGGCUUUUUGGGAAGGUGUUUCUACUAUAUAGGAACUAAUUUAAGUGUUUUUAAAAAAGAAUAACUAGUGAUCAGAGAGACCCUGUGAAUUUUACAGUUGUGUGAACAAACCUGGAUUCCAGCUGCAUUUCUUCUCAUGCCUUCCCGAAAGAAAUGGGUUUAGCAUUGCAACAUGUGAGCGCUCACACUACUAAAGCAAGAUGAGUGCAUAUAGGAUUAAAACAGGAUGCGGAUAAAUCCAAAUAAAUGUAUCUUGGUAGCCUGGAAAAAUCAAAGCUAUGUUCUCUCUGAUUAUUGAGAUAGAAUUUAGUGUGUGCACUUUGCAGCUGUAAGAAUUUGAGAUAUAUUUAUUUAUUAAAGAUGACUAUAAAAUGAGAUGCUAAAAUAGUUCAUAACAACUUGAGUUUCAUUUUUAAAACAAUUAAUAUUAGAGUAAAAACAUGCUGAGUUUUUAGCUACUAUGUCAGUGUUGUGUUUUAUUUUUCAUGUUUCACAUGCAUUAAUGCCAUAAAGGUUGAUUUUGAUUGACAGGAUCUGUCUGUAACUCAUUAAUUUUGUCCCUCGUUUAUUUGGAGUUUUACUAUGUAAAAUAAAGUGUAUUCUGGCAAUGAAAAA